GGCCUCGUCUGCUAUAAGCCGGGUUGGGGGUGCCGGUGCGGGGUCGAUUGCGGCGUGCCCGGGGUUCCUAGUCUGGUUUGGCCAUGUCUGACCCAGCUCAGCAACCCGCUCCCGGCGCCCCCGAAGGGGGAGCUCCUGGUGGGGCCCCCCCCGGGGCACCCCCCAAUCAGAGCAGUAACCGCCGGCUGCAGCAGACGCAGGCCCAGGUGAAGGAGGUGGUUGAUAUAAUGUGUGUAAAUGUAGACAAGGUGCUGGAACGAGAUGAGAAACUGUCAGAGCUAGAUGACCGGGCAGAUGCGCUUCAGGCUGGUGCCUCACAAUUUGAAAGCAGUGCAGCAAAACUCAAAAGGAAGUACUGGUGGAAGAACUGCAAGAUGAUGAUCAUGAUGGGAGUGAUUGGUGCCAUUGUGGUGGUGGUGAUUGCAAUUCACUGUCUUUAAGCAUGUAAACAGAAGCUGAAGGCUCUUUCUUCUCUCAUGCUUACAAGACCCCUUUAAAUAUUGCAUAUUGGUAAGUAUAAAGAACUGCAAGACUGAACACAGCCAUCCCUCUUGUGUGUUCCUGAUCUCUGUACUUCCCCUCUGUCCUUUCACCAACAGCACUGCGGCCCUUUUCAUUUCUUAAUGUAGCACAUCUUCACCCCUUGGAUUUUCUUGAACCUGUCCCAAAGGCCUGGUAGCCCUUUACUCAAAUUCCUUCUGGGAUUGACCUCAGUCUGUGCAGACAAACUUUGCACCUAUCUGUACAGCUUUUCUAAGCACUCCAGCAAGCAGAGUUGCU